AUGAACUACCUGCAUCAUAUCUUUAGAGACCAAUGUCUCUGGACAAAAGUUUUGUUUAUUACACUUCUCAGCUCAACCCAUGCGUCAUUGAUUCAACGUAGAAUGCUUGAAUCAACUGAGCCUAGUUACCACUGCAGAAAUAAAAUUUUACUAUUCAGCGAAGUUGAUAAGAUUCGAGAAAGCGCUUGUAAAGGAUUCGUCUCAAAAAGGUCAAAUGCGAGAAGACCCCUUGUUCACAUCGAAAAUGACAAUGACGAAAAUUUAAUUUAUGAAUGGACAAUUCCUCCAUCUGUACACAAAAUUCCUGGAGGUAAAAAAAAGAAAUCUAUCGAAAAAAUAAUUUUUAACAACAGCUGUGAACUCAAAGACGUGCUUUUUUACAAUGAAACAUCACGUAAAUUUGAACCUUGUGCGAUAGUACCAGAGGCUUCGACUAGUGAGACUUUUGGGAUGAAGCAAGUCCUCACAGAAACUUCAGUUCAUUGCGGAUCCUUAUCAUGGGAAAUAGCAGACAUGCAAGAUUACAUAUUUUAUACCACACUCAAUGCUCCGCAUAUUUUCUCUGUAGUGAGUGGCACAGCUAAUCAAGUGGACGGUCCAUGGCAGAAAGCUAUGAUGAACAAAUCUGUACUGAUAGGCAAAAAUUCGCGAAGGAUACCCUACGAAGUCAUAGUAAAUAACCAAUUUGAGAUUCGCAAUAUAGUUGUAAAGCACCAUAUAAGUCGAAUCCUAGAUGCAGCCAGUGGGUUAAAUUACGACGAAUAUAACCAGCCAAAUUUUAGACCAACCCUGAGACAGGAUAUUAUCCGACUUGAUUGUAUCCUUGACAAAAAAAUUCCAAUUUUGCGAGACACACAAAUACCGAAAUCAAAAAACGAUCGCAAAAGAAAGACGCUAGAAUAG